AUGUCCUUGAGCACCACGUCUCUCGAAGACAACGGGCGUCAAGAAAACCGUCGGGACUACGGGACGGCGCAGCUUGUCUGGCUCGGUGCUCUCGUUGUGCUUACGAAUUUAUUGGUGUUUCGCUUCAAGAUGGGUAACAUGGCAGACGCGUGGUUCACAAGCUUCUACUCGUACGACUACGCCGCCGAUGAUUUUCCCGAAUCAUAUCCCAUCGGACCACUCCCUGAGGCGCAGCUGAUCAUUGAAGACACCGUCCACUACCAAAUCAACACAGAGGACGCAGACGAACACUGGGCCUCCAUGUUUCCGAGCGGGGGCGGAUUCGUGCACCUCGGUCCCCACUACCGCGCGUUCGGCAUAUCGAUGUUCCACCAGCUCGCGUGUCUCAAUGACAUCCGCCAGACGCUUGCAACCCCCUUGGCGGACCGGACUGCCGCCCAGCUGGAGAGCAAUCAUCGCUGCUUCAAUUACUUAAGGCAGACGCUGCUGUGCGAGCCGGAGCUGAGGCUGGAGCCGGAGAGCGAUAAGCUGAAUGAGCUGGGCCUCAAUGAGGUUGUUGACGGGUUGGGGAUGAAGCAUUCGUGCAGGGAUUGGACGGUGGUCUACGAAGCGAUGGAGAGCAACUAUAAUGACACGAAAGAACAUGACCAAUCGGUACAUACUUUUAUUCUUCCAUAGACGACCUGAAAAGGUGUGCAUCUGAGGGAUCACGAUGUAAUAAUCUUGCGGAUAGUAUUGAAUCGAACCAUGUCAGCGUAAGUGUGC